CACCCCUCCUCUUUCUCAAAUCUCAACCACCUCAUCUGCUAUUUUCCCCACUCUCUCCAUAUCAUAAAGUAAAGAAGCAAUCUUUCCUUUUUGUUUUCCAUCUCUUUCAUUAAAGCAACAUAAGAAGCUUCUUAUACAAAAUCCUAUGAUUUCUGAAAAUUCUGAAACUUUUUCCCCAUACUAGGAAUCCACUUGUUUUUCUCCAUUUUGGGGUUCAUUUAACUUUUUAAGCUCCACACAAGAACCCUGCAUUGCGGAGAAAACAAGCUUGGAAUUUAUUGUAAGAAAGGAGAACUUUUCAUCCACUCCAUUCAACCUCACCUCAAGCUGUGGGCUAGCUUUAGCAGUUUUGGGGUGGUUUUAUGUCACAUACAUACUUAGAUGAUGCUUGGAUAGUACAUAAAGAGUGUCUUGUGCUCUACUGUAAACCCAAAACAGUCUGUAUAAUUUUGGUGCAACCAUGUAUUUGAGUUGCUUUAAAGGGAGAUCAGUUUCUGUUAAGAGCACCAACUGUGUGGUCCAUUGUUCCAUUUUGGGGUGACGAGGGAAAUCCACAAUUACUACCGUGUACACUUGGUAAAUCCUGCCUUGUGAUUCUAGCAGGCAAAGAACUACGAGUAGCAACAGCUAGCUAGUAUGGGCAUCCUCCUCAUCAUGGCAAUAUUGGGGAGUCAGAUUGGGUUUGUGUCUCCCAUGUGAAGUUAAUGUGUUUCCACACAAUGGCCAGAAGAAACCCAAAACUCCUCUCCCUCCAAAUUCCUGCAAAUCUUUUACUUCUGUUUCUGUUUUUCCUCCCAUCCAAGCCUCUGAGUGUAGAAACUGAGGCCCUUCUUGAAUUCAAAAAGCAGCUCAGUGAUCCCUUGAAUUACUUGGAUUCUUGGGAGGCUUCAGAAAGCCCCUGCCAAUUUUACGGGAUUACCUGUGACCCAAGAACUGGUUUGGUCACAGGAAUUUCACUUGAUAACAAGAGUCUUUCGGGGGUGAUAUCACCCUCGAUUUCUAUGCUCCAGGCCCUCACAUCUCUAGUGCUUCCAUCGAAUGCGUUGUCUGGGGUUCUUCCAACCGAACUGUCCAAAUGCGCCAGCCUCAGAGUCUUGAAUGUCACCGGGAAUAACUUGAACGGCAGCCUGCCUGAUUUAUCCAAGCUGACAAACUUGGAGAUUCUCGACUUGUCCAUCAACUAUUUUUCUGGAGAAUUCCCAACUUGGGUCGCAAAUCUUACCGGUUUGGUUUCAUUAGGCCUUGGCAAUAAUGAUUUCGAUGAGGGGGAAAUCCCCGAGAGCAUUGGGAAUUUGAAGAAACUGACUUGGCUUUACCUAGCUCAUUCAAAUCUGAGAGGAGAAAUCCCAGACUCUAUUUUCGGCUUGGAGGCAUUGCAGACGUUGGACAUUUGCAUGAACCGCAUUUCCGGGAAUUUCCCAAAGUUGAUAGGCAAAAUGCAAAGUCUCUACAAAAUUGAGCUCUAUAACAAUAACCUGACUGGCGAGCUUCCAGCUGAACUUGCAGACCUCGCCCUUCUGGAGGAAUUUGAUAUUUCCAAUAACCAGAUGUAUGGUGCUCUUCCUCGGGGUAUUGGGAACCUGGAAAAGUUAACUGUUUUUCAUGUGUUCAAGAACAACUUUUCGGGAGAACUCCCUUCAGGCUUUGGGGAUAUGCAGCAUCUCGUUAGCUUUUCUAUAUACCAGAACAGUUUCUCAGGUACAUUCCCAGAAAAUCUUGGCAAGUUUUCACCACUGAGUAGUAUAGACAUUUCUGAAAACCAAUUCUCCGGUGGAUUCCCAAAAUACUUAUGUCAGAACGGGAAGUUGCAGUAUUUGCUUGCAGUGGAAAACCGUUUUACAGGUGAGUUUCCUGAAACUUAUGCUACCUGUACACCAUUGGAGAGGUUGAGGGUCACCGAGAAUCAGUUUUCUGGAAAAGUCCCGGAUGGCGUUUGGGCCCUUCCGAAUGUGAAAAUGAUUGAUUUCAGUAGCAACGGUUUCAGUGGAGGUAUUUCUCCCCGGAUUGGGGCUGCCACAAACUUGAACCAGUUAAUUCUGUCAAACAACAAAUUCUCGGGUCAGCUCCCUAAACAACUUGGAAAUCUCUUACUUAUGGAGAGGCUUUACUUGGACAAUAACGGUUUCUUUGGGUUGUUACCAUCUGAACUUGGGAUGUUAAAGCAAUUGUCAUCCUUCCAUUUGGAGAAAAACGCAUUCGUGGGAUCAAUACCUGCUGAAUUAGGCCACUGCUCUAGGCUGGCGGAUAUGAACCUUGCUUUGAAUAAUCUAAGUGGUAGCAUUCCCGAUUCCAUUACAACGAUGCCCUCUCUGUUGAACUCGCUGAAUCUCUCAAAUAACAAGCUCACCGGCUCAAUUCCAAGAAGCUUAGAUAACCUGAAGCUUUCAUCAAUCGAUCUGUCUGACAACCAACUCUCCGGGGAAGUUUCAUAUGAUCUUUUGAUAAUGGGGGGAGAUAAGGCAUUCCUUGGUAACAAAGGACUCUGCAUUGAUCACAGUAUCAAAAGUGAAGUGAACACAGAGUUAAGUGUUUGUGGUGGGCACACUGUCCAGCAUAAAUUCAUUAAGAACAAAGUGGCUGUGCUCAGCAUUGCAUUGUUAGCCACAACUGCUCUUCUGGGCGGGUUCUUGAUUGUGAGUUAUUGGAACUACAAGCAGAGCAUGCGAAAUGCUAAGAAAUUGGAGGAAGCGAAGGGACUGAACCAGAAGUGGAAGCUUGAGAGCUUCCACCACAUAGAGUUUGAUGCAGAUGAAAUAUGCGAUUUGGACGAGGAGAAUUUGAUUGGAAGUGGAGGGACGGGAAAAGUAUAUCGCCUUGAUUUGAAAAAGGGUUGUGGUACUGUGGCUGUGAAGCAACUGUGGAAGGGGGGUGGAGUGAAAGUUCUGGCUAGAGAAAUGGAAAUUCUGGGGACAAUCAGGCAUAGAAAUAUAGUAAAACUCUAUGCCUGUCUAAUGAAUGGUGGUUCAAAUUACUUGGUUUUUGAGUACAUGCCAAAUGGUAAUCUUUUCCAAGCACUUCACCGCAAAAUCAAAUUUGGUAAGCCAGAAUUGGAUUGGGACCAGAGGUAUAAAAUCGCGCUGGGAGCUGCUAAAGGAAUAGCUUAUUUGCACCACGACUGUUCGCCUCCUAUUAUUCACAGAGAUAUCAAGUCCACCAACAUUCUUCUUGACGAGGCUUAUGAAGCAAAAGUUUCAGAUUUCGGGGUUGCAAGAAUUUCAGAAAUCUCUCAAAGAGGAUCCGAGUUUAGCUGUUUUGCAGGAACUCAUGGUUACAUGGCUCCUGAGAUGGCGUAUACGCUUAGGGUGACCGAGAAAAGCGAUGUGUAUAGCUUCGGUGUGGUGCUAUUAGAACUAGUGACAGGAAGAAAUCCAAUAGAUGAUGCAUAUGGAGAAGGAAAAGACAUAGUUUACUGGGUCUCAACUCAUCUGGACAACCUCGAAAGCAUCCUCAAAGUUCUCGACGCCAAUGUAGUCUCAGAGCUAGUCCAGGAUGACAUGAUGAAAGUCCUGAGAAUUGCAACACUCUGCACCACAAAGCUUCCGAAUCUUCGGCCCAGCAUGAAAGAGGUCGUCAAAAUGCUGGUUGAUGCUGAGCCCUCAGUGUUUAAGUCCACUGGGAAUCAUCAUAAAAAUGAGAAAGUCCUCCUGUAGAUGCAGUUCAAUUUUCUGCUCAUAUAAUAUGCAUAUAUAUAAUAAAUAGAUGCACACACCAUGUUCUAAUUUCUGGUCUUGUGUGUGUUUAUACAUGCCAAUGGCUACCAUGUAAUAUUGAUUAUUGUAUGGAGGUACAACUGUGAAAAAAUGGAUGACCGUUUCAAUAUGACAAAACUUGAAGAUCAGUUUCCAAUA